AUGUACUUUGAUGUAGGAAGAUUAGGUGAAUUGGUUAAGCAAAGAGAACUAAUGAAACUGAAGGAGGUUAAGAAGGAACCAGGUUAUAGCUGGAUUGAGGUUAAAAAUAAAACGUACAAGUUCUUUUCAGGAGAUACAACUCACCCUCAAACUCCAGAAGUAUAUGACCUGUUAGAGAAGCUCAUUAAUGAUAUCAGGGUAGUCAAUCAUGCUUCGACUUUGAGUGAGAUAUCUACACCUCAUACAGAACUAGGACUAUGUAAUGAAGGGAAGCUUUUGUAUCAUAGUGAGAAGCUUGCAGUUUGCUUUGGCUUAUUAAAUUUGCCUGCUGGAACCCCUAUUCGUAUUUUCAAGAACAUUCGAGUCUGCUCAGAUUGUCACACAACAAUGAAGCACAUAUCAAAGAUUACUAAACAUGAAAUAUUACUAAGGGAUAAUUACAGGUUUCAUCACUUCAAGCAGGGUUGCUGUUCUUGUGGGGAUUUCUGGUGA